AUGCCUACUCCCCAAAAUGCCCAACGAGAAUGGUGCAGUCCAGAUGGAUCCUCAACCAUACAGCAGAACAUGUCCCCAACAUUCCUAGACUAUGGCGACGCGUAUUUCCAGGUACGACGGCUCGAACCCAAGACUGUGGACCAGUAUACCGAGUUACUGGAAAUAGGAAUGACGGCUUUGACGACCGACGAUGGGUCUUCUCCCGUCACUCCGAUUCCUCUCUGUCGACUCUCAUGUCUAGCUCUUGGUUAUUCGCUGACACCGGAGAGUAUCACCAAGGACAGAACAAGAGAGCCCGAAGAACUUGAAGACAUGCCUGCGACCAUUAUAUCCAAAGUCUGCGCCGCCGACCCAAUUCAACGAUAUUGCCCUGUUGCGACUAUCUCCGGAAACUCGAUCCUCUGGAUCUCACCCGACGAUGAACUUGAUGACAUUAAGGACUGGAAGACCCAAGAGCAUACCAGGAAGACAGCUAUUAUAUCUUCAGUAGUAGACGUACGUCUGCGUCAGGAGAGCGACCUCAGUGGCACAGACAAGGAUGAUGGUAGUCUGGUCCAGAUGUCGCACAAACAAACUGCCGCCUUCCGAUUACCCUUGUUCUGUUGCCGGACACCCCAAAAUGCUCAAAGGAUCCUCCGGUCGCCCUCCUCCUUGGCAUUACCGACUAUCUUGGACCACGACAGCUACCGCUGGACUGUUGACCCCCCGUUACUCCUAUUUUCUGGUUAUAUAUCUUCCAGACUCGCCAUAAGCUACCCUCGGUCCUCCCAGCGGCUCUCGCAACAGUUGUGGUUCCACCCCUGGCUGAAGCAAGAACCUCAAGGACGCCAAGGACGCUCUUAA